AUGAACUGGGAAGACGACGAGUACGAUGAGGAGUACGAGGAGGGAAGAGGCCGCGGCAGGAAGCGGGGAAGAUGUGAUGUUAAACAUUUGUUGGACGAUGAGGCAGAGGUUGAUUCCGAAGUCGAAGAUGAAGACGACGAUCAAGAAAUCGAUGAUGAUUUCAUUGUUGAGGGUGGAGCUGAUCUACCAGAGGAAGAUGAUGAUGAUGAUGGUGGGAGGAUGCGUAGUGGUAGCCGCAUGCUGCCACAUUUCCAAGAAGAUCAUGAAGAUAUUGAAGCUAUGGAAAGAACAAUUCAGGAACGAUAUGGGAGGUAUUUGACUGAUUAUGAUGAAGAAACUCAAGAUAUAGUAGAACAGCAAGCUCUUUUGCCAUCUGUGAGAGAUCCAAAGCUUUGGAUGGUCAAAUGUGCGAUUGGUCGUGAGCGAGAAACAGCUGUUUGUCUCAUGCAAAAGUACAUGUCUGACUCUGAAUUGAGAAUCUUGUCAGCUAUUGCUCUCGAUCAUCUCAAAAACUAUAUAUAUGUGGAAGCAGAUAAAGAAGCCCAUGUCAGAGAGGCUUGCAAAGGUCUAAGCAAUAUAUUAGGCCAAAAAAUUUUGCUUGUUCCCAUCAGAGAAAUGACUGAUGUUCUGUCAGUUGAAAGCAAAUCUGUUGAUCUUGCCCGAGAUACUUGGGUCAGAAUGAAGAUUGGGACUUAUAAAGGGGACCUUGCCAAAGUAGUAGAUGUGGAUAGUGUGCGACAGAGGGUUACUGUGAAACUGAUUCCGCGCUUAGACUUACAAGCCCUUGCAAACAAAUUGGAAGGUAAGGAAGUUGUGAAAAAGAAGGCAUUUGUUCCUCCUCCUCGUUUUAUGAAUGUUGACGAAGCUAGGGUGCUGCAUAUCCGUGUGGAGCAUAGAUAUGAUGCCUAUGGGGAGCGAUUUGUUUCCAUUGGGGGCAUGAUGUUCAAAGAUGGAUUCUUAUACAAAACCGUAUCUAGAAAAUCUAUUUGCGUCCAGAAUAUCAAUCCAACAUUCGAUGAACAUGAGAAAUUUGGUAAACUGGGUGAGACUAGAGAUGCAGAUAUUUUGUUUGCAAAUAGAAAGAAAGGAAAUUUUAUGAAAGGAUCAUCUGUCAUUGUUGUUAAGGGAGAUUUAAAGAACAUGAAGGGGUGGGUGGAGAAAGUUGAUAAAGAUAAUGUUUAUGUAAGACCAGCAAUUAAGGGUCUCCCAAAUAUUGUUGCUGUAAAAGAAAACGAACUUUGUAACUAUUUUGAACCCGGAAACCAUGUUAAGGUUGUUUCUGGUGUUCAAGAAGGUGUUACUGGCCUUGUUGUGAAGGUGGAGCAGAAUGUCAUUAUCUUAAUAUCAGAUUCAACAAAAGAACAUAUCCGUGUGUUUGCAGAUGACAUCACGGAGUGCUCUGAACCGACAGCUUCAAUUAUACCAGCUCAUAUUCCACAGUCCCCACAGAGGUUUUCUCGACAAGGGCCUCCAAUUGAUUCUGGAAGAAAGCAUAAGGGUGGAAGGAGGAAGGAUGGUUUGGCAGGUGCAACUGUGAAAGUACGCCAGGGUCCCUAUAAAGGUUCUCGAGGGCGUGUUAUAGGAGUUAAAGGCACAUUAGUUCGGAUUGAAUUGGAGUCCCAGAUGAAGGUUGUGAUGGUUGACCGCAACCAUAUAUCUGACAAUGUGGCUGCAACCGCAUCUCGUGACACAUCUCAAUAUGGGAUGGGAAGUGAAACCCCAAUGCAUCCUUCUCGAACUCCCUUCAAUCCAUAUAUGACUCCUAUGAGAGAUCCUGGAGCUACAGACAUUUAAAAAACUGAGAAAGAGGUGGAUGACAUGGCUA